AUGCAGCUUCGAAAGAACGCCGGGGCCACGCUAGCUCGACUGACGCAGAAGCACAAGGAGAAAAUGGCUGCUCUUGAACGUCAGUUCCUAAUGCAAAAACAUGUAUUAUUGAGAGCUAAGGAGAACAGUGACUGGGAGUUGGAAGAAAAGCAAAUGGGAGAGAAGUUUGUGUUGCAUCGAAAAUUGUUCAAAGAUGAGUAUUUUCUGCUCCGCACACAGAUGCUUGCAAGACAUCAGAAAGAGUUGGCACAAGCUCUGAAGUUCAACCAGGAAGAGGAGGAGGAGCUUGUUCGUGCACUUGCCCUGGAUAGGAAGAAGCUUCCGAAGAUGUUGCGAAAUGAAGCGAAAACUCGAAGCCAUAUGUUCAAAGAGAGCCUCCGAAUUAGUAUGCAAUCAAUGACACCGAGUGAAAUGAGCGAAAAGCUCAGACGCUUCGAUGAGCAGGAAAAUGUGCGAAUCAGAAACGCUAUUGGAGAACAUGACUUGAAAAGCGCCAGGAAAAUUGCUCACCUGAAGCAAAAGCAUCAAUUGGCGGUAAAUUUGUUGUCUCUUUAUCUUUUUGUCUUUAUCUCACUCAAUACAGUGAAGUUCAAGUACAUAUCUGUUGAGUGGUUUGAGAUCUCAAUUAUAGCGUCUCAGCCGAAAAAAGGUUCCCUUAUAUUGAAACGCAGAUUUUCCGAAGCAGUAUCGAUUACUAUCCAUUUGUAG